AACAAAUCUAAAAGCUACAUAGGAAACAUGCAAUUCCAAGUAUCCCUUAUUGUUGCCGCCAUCCUCGCCAUCCUCGGGUCUGCGUCUACGCUUCCAAGAGACUGUGAGGUCCUCGACGUCGAUAACGAGCCUUACCUCCGCGAGGCUGGUCAGAUCGUCUUUGAGCCGCUCGCCUUUGAUGGGGAAUCUGAAUUCGGAAUGGAUGGAGACACUUCCAUCCUCGAAGACUGGAAAACGUCCAUCGUGAGGCAGCACAAUGAGUAUAGGGCUCAAUACGGCGCCAAACCUCUUACAUGGAGCGAUGCCCUGUACCCGGGUGCUUCACAAUGGGCUAGUCAGUGCAAGUUUCAACACAGUGACGGGCAAGGAAAGUACGGGGAGAACCUGGCUGCCGGAACCGGGAACUCUUAUGGGUUCUCCAGUGGUCUCAAGAGCUGGAUGGAUGAAGCCUCAAAAUAUGACUAUAAUCACCCUGGCUUUUCCAGUACUACUGGUCACUUCACUCAGGUUGUUUGGAAGAGCAGCAAGCAAGUAGCCUGCGCUAUAGCUAGUUGCAGAGGCGGAACCAUCUUCCAGCAACCAUCAAAAUACGUCGUUUGCAGGUAUUCACCAGCCGGGAAUUUUGCUGGCCAGUUUCCUGAGAAUGUCGGCAAACACAGAUAAGCUUCAGAAUCGUGGGCUUCAAUAGCCGGUGUAGAUAUACUAAAUGACUGUCAAUUCCGUUGUACUUUGUAACUCAUCGUCGUUUACGCUUGAAAGGGGAGUACUUGAUGAUAUCCAG